AUGUCCCGCAGCAACAAGCUGGCCCCCGAGGCCAAUCGCAUCCUAUUUGUCAAGAACCUUGCCUACAACGUGGACAGCGAGAGUCUGUGGUCUUUAUUCACUAAGUUUGGAGGUGUACGCCAGAUAAGACUUGGGAACUCGACUACCACGAAAGGCACCGCUUUUGUGGUUUACGAUGAGGUGUUGGAUGCGAAACAAGCCUGCGACAAACUGAACGGGUUCAACUUUAUGAACCGCUAUUUGGUCGUCCUGUACCAUCAACCCGAGAAAAUGAAGGUCGAAGCGAAGGAAGAUAUUGCUGCCAGACAAGAGAAUCUUGAGCGCAUGAAGCGAGAACAUGGAAUCGAGUGA